CAUCGCUCCAUCUCCGCGGCGGAUGUCAUCUCGGCCGCGUUCUCUCUUCACCUUUGGCUAGAAACUCCCGUCAUUUGGUCUCGACCACCGGCCAUCGUCCCUUUUAGCCGUGUCCUGCCAAAGUCAUCAAUAAGCGGUCAAACACGAAGUCUCUCCAACUUGCUCUACAAUUCACGUGGUCCCCAUCGUCUCUUUCGAGCGUAAUCCAAGGCGCGCAACAGCUUCGCGCGUUUGUGACAUGCUUAUUAUCCAGUGUCUUGUGUUUCUGAGCCACAAUAUUACGCGUCGUAGCGGGUAAAAUGCAGCGAUGAAAACUUAAUCAUUAUUCAGGCACAAUUGUUGGGGUGUUUAUUUGCAACACUUUAUUCAGUUUCCCAACCUCACGCAACCUCGCACAAGAAACGGUCAGGAACGGUCACUCGGGGACAACAAGAACAAGGCACGGUGAGGAUGUCUCCAUCGUUACAGGACAACAUUCAGUCUCCUCGCUUGAUUUGAAGCUUUCGCGACUGCAGGAAUCCAUACUCUGGUUCUUUCGGUAAAGCCACGUAGUGUGGUUACACACUGGCAGCAGUGGAGAAGGAGCAACCUCUCAUCGACUGGAGGUUUUAACAAGAGGUGGUGUUGGACUGGCAUCGCGAGCGUAGCCGCAUCUUAACGUCUAAUACCAACAACUACAGCAGGGUCGCACACAGCCCAGCCAUGCCGAGCGACGGUAAAACAGACAUGGAGCGUGUGGGGCUCUUCAGCGAGCUGGGAUACAUCAGCAUCGGCGACAAAUACAAGUCCAGCUUCAACAAGGCGUUCAACGCGGCGGCCAACCACGGCCGCCAGAUGCUGACGGAGGGACCCAAGUCGCGCUCGGCGCUCCCGGCCGGGUACUUCUCGCAAGGGUUCACACGCGUCAUGCAGGGCGAGGCCUACAGCGACCCCAUCAAGAUCCGCCGCCAGCGGCGCCUGCAGGAGGCCAAGAAGAACCUGGGGAAGGCCCUGCUGCCGAGCAGCUGCCCCAAGAAACCGUCUGGGCUGGGCAGUUACUACGGCACGCUGGGUGGCCCGAUCCCAGCCUUGAGUCCAGCCCAGCUCUCCAAGAAGCCAUACAGCGCGCCGGGGAGGAACUUUGUCACGAACCCACCGAAGAAAGGAACUGGAUAUGGGUACCCCCAGGUGAUGAUUGGAUCCCUGCCUCCAUAUAUGCCGGACCCGUACGACCGCGCAAAAGAGAUCCGCAGGAAGGAGAUGGAGACUCACAAGAAGAUGGUGAAGGGGGCUCCCUUCCGCCUCAACCUGCACCCCCUGGACAUCUUCGACGUGAACCCGUACCGCUCGGACCGGCCCGCCCGCACGGCCCACCCGCCCCGCGCCACCAAGUCCUCGGAGAAGGCCUUCAAGCCCAGCUCUCCAGCCAAGAAGAUGGGCGGCAUGAAGGCAGGCACGUUCGACUCGUACCCAUCGCACUCGGAGGACGCAUACAUCGUCAAGCGAGCAUCGGCCCUCGCGGGGGGCAGCGGCGGCACCAAAGGAGGGGGCCACGUGUUCCGCCCGUCACCCGGCCCCAAGAGCACGCCGGUCCGGAGCAUCAUGGAUGCCAACAUCAUCAAAUCCAUUAACAGGCAGAACUGCAAUCUGGUGCAGCGGGUGAUGGCUUACUGAAAUCCCCACCGAGUGUCGUCACGGGGCGCUGGCAGCGGAAGUCUUGGACCUGCCGCUCUCUAAUCUUCGCGCAGGGCACGAGGCAGCGGGGGUCCGGCGGAACAGCAGGGCGGCACCCGAAGCCGAGGCAAUGACCCAGUUGACCCCCCCAACUUCGCACUUCAACAGCAAACACCGAGACCGUGCUGCGUGCACACAAGGGCACGUCUUGUUGCUUUACAUACACACGAUCCAUAAAAGAUCAUUUUUGGAAAUGCAAUGCAUCUUUGUCCGUCCCUUCUAUCUACUCGUCAUCGAUGAUGGGGCCCAAACUAAUUUCCGCCAUGGUUCUCUUUCGCUCGCCGGUACCACCGCUUCACUCGCUCUCAAUCCUUCCUCUCAGCUAUCUUCAUCCUGCAUCAAUCUGCACGCAUGUCUUUCCCCUCCUCUUGCUUCCUCCCAGUGUUGUGUCUCACAUUGGCAAGUACAGUUGAUCCUGUCCAGUCUUGUAAGUGGUGGGGGGCGCCUGAACCACUGCAUCGUGCCAUUUUUUCAAGUAGGCUUUAACUUAGCAAUUUGUUCUCACGUUCACAAAGUAAGUCGUAUGCACAUUUAUCCCUUGGAAAUUAAACACGAUAGCACAAAGGUGGAAGAUACAAAAUAAUUCAAUCACUAACACGAGGUGGAUAUUUAAUAACUUACACAGAAUAAAAUAAAAAUACAAAUAUCUUGUUUUUUUUCGUAAAUUACACUGGCAAGUACAAUU